AUGACAAGAGGCUGGGAGAGUGAGAGAGCGUGACUGAAAAGAGAUAUGCACCCAGGAGUGUGACUGGGAGCAGGUGAUUGCCACGUUGUAGAGCUAACAGUGAAUAUUGCUACUGCUGUUGCUACUGGUCGAUAGAGAUGGACUGGUACAGAUUGGUACCGUGAAGGGCAACUCGAUUGUUCCGAUCCAACCUUUGGGAUUACAGCGGAGAGGAGAGGCGGUUCAUGUGUGUGUGUGUGUGUGUGUGUGUGUGUGUAUGUGUUACAACCAUUUGAGUGUGUUUGUGUUUGAGAGCGUGUGCGUAACAGCAGGAGCUGGCGGCAUUAGGUAACUCAUUCACACCCGGAAAAGGAGAGAAAACUCUCACAUGCGUGGCCUGGGCUUUUAUGGAGUAUCCUACUGCUGUGUAGGCGGACGCACAGAAGGAGGCUCGGAGGACUGCAGAAACCCACACAGACAUGCUCACACACACCGAUCGAAACACCUUUUAACGCAUGUGACACGUUUGGCUUCACUAAGAAACACACAACGUCUUAACAUUCUAGUCCUACACAUAACACAAUCAAAUGCGCACACAUACAAGCGCGCACACGCAUGCAACCACUCACUAGUGACUGCUCUCAGGCACUGUCACAUGAGGGCACUUAGCGCGUUAGCUUUCUCUGCGGCGCAAGUAGCGGCAGCGGGGGUGGGUAGGUAGCGGACCGAGGAGCUACAGCCGUGUCUCUCCAGCGCACGUCUCUGUACCUGGGGAGCGGAGGGCACAUGGAGCCCCUGGAGGACUACCACUCCCCGUUCAACUUUGAGCAGGGCGUCAACGCCAGCUACAUGUACCUGUCUCCUGAGUAUGGAGAAACGCCGCCCGGCUCCCCGGCCAGCCGCACCAGAGGUCAGCAGAUGCUCUCGGACCCCCAGCCAGAGGUGGGCGAGGACGCCGUCUCCUCCAUGGGCCCCGCCCCCCCCGCCCUGGUCCCCAGCCUGUCCCCGGAGGAGCAAGAGGCGCUCCAAGGAGAGCUGGCCAAGGUGGAGGACGAGAUCCUGACUCUGUCCCAGGUCCUGACGGCUAAAGAGAAGGAGCUGGCGGAGAUCAAGAAGAAGCUGGGCAUCACGCCUCUCAACGAGCUCAAGCAGAACUUCUCGCGGAGCUGGCAGGAAGUCACCACCUCCAACGCCUACCGACGGACGUCCGAGUCCUUCUCGCUGGCCGGUCUGAAGGCCUCCGCUGCCCUCUCCACCAUGGGCUCCGCCAUCAGCCGCAAGCUGGAGGACGUCAAGAACAAGCCCACCUUCAGGUCUUUUGAAGAGAAAGUGGGCACUCUUAAGACCAAGAUGAGUCCGUCCGGGACCCUCAGUAACCAUGACAACCAGGAUGGCAGCGCUGGUUUGGACCCUGAGCCUUUGUUCAGCCAACCCAACGAACUGCCAAACCAGGAACCGCCCACCCACUGACACACACACACACACACACACACACACACACACACACACACACACACACACACACACACACACACACACAGACACACACAGACACACACACACACACACACACACACACACACACACACACACACACACACACACUGACACACACACACACACUCCAUGCCUCUUGACCUCUGACCUUCAAACCCCCGCCUCAUAUAAUCUGUUCUGGCCCCAUGCCCGUGUCCUUUUGUGUGUCGAGACCCCUGCUUGUAAUUGGAAACAAGUGACUUUUCUCUCCUCCAUGUUUCUGUGGUGAUUCAAUGUUCUUCUUUCCUGUCUGAAGCGUGCGCUUGUUACUUAACCGAUAUGGGAUUGAAGGCACGUGCUUGAUGGUGGGUUAGGGGGGUGGGGGGGGUAUGCGCUCUCAAGCCAAUCGUAUGUAUUACACUUCAGUUUGAAGGCUAGCACACGCCCGCUUUUGCAGAAUAUGUUGAGAAUAAAGAUCUGAGUUGUUGCCUGAAUGGCUUCCUCUUUUUAUUCUCUUUCUCUUCCCUUUUCCUCUACAUAACUCCUGCAUUGGCUCAAGUAACCAGCUAGUGAAAUAUAAAGCCCAAAAUUACAUUGUUGUUCAAUGGCCACAACAUUGGCUGAAUUGCAUUUGUUACAUUUUCAUGUUUUGGAUACAAUUGUCUACAUUUUAGGAGUUAAAAUAAUUAUUUUCUUCCAUCAAAACUUUGCAGCUUUGGACCUACCCAAUAAAUAAUGAAACACCCGCCCCCCUCAAAGGUGUUUAAUGAAAGUGAUGACUUUUUGAAAUCACAAGUGUUUUUCUUAACCCAAAUAACCCUAACCCAAAUAACACAUAAACCGAAAUUCGGUUUAUGUGUGAUGUAUCAUAUACAUCACAACUCAAAAUUUUCACUGUUGAUUGAGUGAACACGUUUUAAAACCUAAUGAACGGUGCUGUAGGUGGCAUUCCCAAAGGUGAGAGGGGAUAAAUCCAGGUUCUGGGAGUGGGACCCCUGUUGUUUUGUCAAGUAUUCAAGGCGAGUAUUUGUCACCUUUGCCAGUGGUUUCUGAAGUCCUGAAGCACAUGUCUGGGCAGGCACAUGAGCUGAAACUAUCCCCCUCCUGCCACGCCGCCCGAGGGCGCCUGGGACUCUUAUUAUCGUAAUAUAGGACAUUAUCCGAAAUGAUGUGCGCAAAUGAGUCCCACGACCGACUAUGCAUGCAUUCCUAUCACUGGAGGAGUCGUCAACGCUGCUGAAAACAAAACACACGACACCAAAAGGUAGGCUGUAGGUACCACGGACGUCACGUUUCUCAUUCAAAACCAAAAAAAAACGGGGCCCUGAAAAAAGGAACAUUUUGGUUACAUUCACUUCGACUCGUGGUCAUCGAGAGAGGUGACUUAAAUGUUUCACACCGAGAGUCCAUGCUGCACAGAUCUGCAUACCAAAAUCAGUGACAUUGACUUCCCAGCGUUUCAGGGCCUGCCCAGAGUUCCUCCCGUGUACGGGGCCGUUCGCGGCACCGGGGGGUCCCACCACAAGCCUGCCUUUGAUGUUCGUGGUACCGGCAAGCCCACCA